GUAGUUCGGCAUGCUGUUCUAAAUUGCGCGGAUCACCGUUUAUUGUUUUUUUGAAGAAUGCCAAUAUUGUUAAAUUCACGUUUGUUGAUGUAGAGAGAAUAAAAAGAAUAAAAACAACGUGUGUUAUUACAUAAUAUACUAACAUGGCACUUCGUAAAACUACCGUAGCGGAAUUACCAUCGACUGCUAUCCGUUUGACGCGGGAAGAAGCUAUCGAGUAUCAAUAUGAAGCGAUUCGACAGUGGCAACCUGAAUCAGAAAUGUGGCCACUGAUGUAUGGCUCCCUUGCCAUGGGCGCAGUCAGCUCUCUAUCGGGGGCUGUCAUCAAUGAAUACUUUAGGAGAACAUUGUUCCUGCCCAAAUCCUCCUUGAUUGUAAUUGGCAUGCCUGUGAUUGGUGUUGCUUCUCUCAUAUUGACUAUUGCACACCACAAGUUAACCUCAGAUCUUCUGUUAAUGAAUACCCCAUGUAUGCCUUGUCUGCAAGGAAAAUCAGCUCUGCUUGUUGGAUUUUUUGGGACUAUUUACCCAGUUAUAGGUUCCUCAGUUGGGAACAUGAUGCAAGCACAGAGGAUGGGGACUACUUACAUACCUUCACUGACUAAAGAAAGACCCAAGUUUUUCAAAUUUUGGCAGCAGUUGAUCCAAAAGAAGAGCAGCUUUUUUGCCAAAUCUUUAGCCGUGAAUAUCGUUUUGGCAACUGUUGUCACGCACUACCAGCAAAAGGCCUUCUUCCGGUUAAACCAGCAAGAUCAAUGAUGUUUCUCAUUUAGUCAUGUUAAUAAUACAUUUUCCUAGAACACUUCUUUUACUACUGAGAGUAGCUACACAAAUGUAAAGAUAGGACACAAGAACACAUGGGUAGGAGAUGCAACAAAAACAGAAAAAAGUGCGGUCAUAGCUAAGGAGACCGUUAUUCGACAUCAAGAAUGAAUUCACGCUAGCAGCACGAUUUUUAGAAAGAAAAAAAAUAGGAGUCGAAUGAUUAACAUGAGAAAUCGAUGCUGAAACACUUGAUUCUAAAUUGGGGGACAAUUGAAGGGGAUUCUAAUUAUUA